AUGCAGCGCGUCAAGAACAUCGACUAUGACGAGGACGAUGUAUACUCCGACGAAGAAGAGCACACGUACGCGGAAGAGGCUGACGCAGGGUACUCGCAAGAGGACAAGGACAACUUCACGACGUUGACUCCUGUCGUCCGCGCGGAACUCGAUGAAGCAGGAGUGCCGGCCACUACACAGCAAAUCGAAGAGGCGCUGUGGCACUACUUCUGGGACGUUGGCAAGAGUGUAGCAUAUCUCAUGAACGCAAGGACGCCAAGAGACACGAAGAAAGAUGAGGAAAAGGACAAGGAUAAGCCAAAGAGCAAGUUCGAUGAGGCGGCGCAGAAAAGCGCACAGCUUGCAGAGCGUAAACCGAGCACGUCUGCUGCAGACUGGUUCCGUGGCACACCUUGGACUGGUGUGCCUGCGUCGAUGCUGAGCACCUUCACCCCGGUCCAAAGACUGCCGCAAGUCAAGCUACUGGGAGGCUCGUCGAAGUUGGCCAAACUCGCCGCGGAACGUCGAAAGAAGGCAGCCGCAGCCCGGAAUGCACAAGCACCAAGCGCACCCGCAGAUUCUCUCAGCUCGCUCGAGCGCCUGAGCGUAUCGAGGGACGCGAAGGAGAAUGAGUCCCCAGCGCAACCGCCAGAACCAAAGAAGUACCCUAUGCGGCGAAAACGAUCACCAACGCCACCGCCUAGAGACCCGGCUCCCCCACCGCUGGAGCCAGAGGAGGACGUACCAAACCUCCGCUCGUCUCCUACUGCAUUCGCCCAGGCGCUUUCCACCGGCACUGGAAGUGUGAACGGCCGGAGCAAAAUAAAAGCAACUCAGCCAGCGAAUGGUCUGGCGAAGAAGACAGAAGCACUCAAGCUUGAUGCAGGUGCAGCAACACCUCCUGCUCCAAAGGUGAAGAGCAAAGGCCUUGAUGUGCCCAAGCUGUGGGUCGAGGAGAUGUCCAAACAGAAAGCAUCUGCUUCUUUUGUGGUGAUUGGCCAUGUAGAUCACGGCAAGAGCACACUGAUGGGGCGACUGCUACUCGACACUGGCGCUGUAUCACAACGAGACAUCGAUAGGUACAAGAAACAAGCGACUGACAUUGGCAAGUCGUCCUUUGCACUAGCUUGGGUGAUGGACACAGGCUCCGAGGAGCGUGAGCGUGGAGUCACUGUCGAUAUCGCGCAGCACCACUUCAGCACAGAUGUGGCAGAUUUCACCAUCCUGGAUGCGCCGGGACAUCGCGACUUUGUGCCCAACAUGAUUGGGGGUGCAUCAAUGGCCGAUCUAGGCGUGCUCGUGGUCGACGCCAAUCAGCUGGAGUCGGGCAUGAAAGGUCAGACACGUGAGCACAUCUUACUUGCCUCCGCCGUUGGACUACGAAAAAUGGUAGUAGCUGUCAACAAGCUGGAUUCGACUACACCCAAGUGGGACCAAAGCAUCUUUGAGAAUGUGAGCGCGCAAGUGCUUAAGCUUCUGAGGGAGACUGGCUUCAAGGAAGCAGACAUCAACAUCGUGCCUUGUAGUGGACUGAAUGGCGACAACGUGGCCAAGGCACUCACUGGAAAUACAUUCGCGCAAUGGAUAUCGAAGCAUACGACGCUACUGCAGCAGUUGGAGAAGUUGGCGACGCAUACCGUAGAGCCUGAUCUAGUGCAGAAGCCUCUGCGAAUGCAGAUUGCGGACGUUUUCAGAGGUGGCAUCACAAAUCCACUCUCCAUUGCUGGACGCAUAUGCUCCGGCCAUGUUCAGGUCGGCGAUGUCAUCCUCGUUCAGCCUAGCGGAGAGAGUGCCGUAGUCAAGGGCAUAGAGGUCAACGGCGAAGGCAGGGACUGGGCGGUCGCAGAUGACAUCCCAACACUACACCUUAUCGACAUCGAGCCGCAGCAUCUAAGAAGCGGCGAUGUAGCGUGCAGCCCUCAGAAGCCAAUACGUGUCAUCAAGAACCUCACGGUAAAGGUGCAGGCCCUAGACAGUCUGUUGCCGCAGCAGGUCAACGUACACAUCGGUCGGCUGCAUGUGCCGGGUGCCAUCAGCCAUCUGGUCGCAACCGAAGAUGCGAAGGGUGAAACUAUGAAGAAGAAGCCACGUAUAGUGAAAGCAGGGCAAAGAGCUAUAAUCAAGCUAGUACUCGACGAUGGCGCUCCAUUGGAGACGGGCGACCGUGUCGUGCUCAGAGCGGAGGGAAGUACAAUUGCAGCAGGAGUGAUUGACACCAUCAGCAUCUGA